CUCACGCGCCGGUAUUUCAACAAAUAGCUCGCGCGAAAUAAUGCUGUCAAUCACCCAGGGUCCGCAUCCCGCUCUAAUAACGACGCCAGCCAGCAAGCUUCAGUAGUUAAUGUAGAUAACAGGCAACAUUAUUUGUCUUUCUAACGUAUUAUUGCUUUCCAUAGACCUAAUCUUGAAACAUGGACCAGUUUGUCUCAAAUGUGAAAUGUCUGACGGAACACCUGCUACAAAAACAACUAACCAAUCCAGAUGAGGUUAUUGAGAAGCUAUUUUGUGAAAUAUCUGUGUUAGAAGACUUCCCAAAAGUAAUACCACUGGAUCUUCAGCUGGAAGAAACCGCUAUUCAUCUGUGGAACUGGGCUGUCACCAAACGUGUGGGAACUGCCAUAAAUGAACACCAGAAAGCAAAAGUACGUCACGUCGCGUGCAGACUGCUGUUUUCCAGUGAGCCGGAGAAUCCAACAGAGGGCGCUGUGCGCAAACAGAUCCUGAUGGCCAGCAAGACAGGAAGAACCUGGUUAGACUGUAAAAAUACACAGCUUGCUGAUGACUUCCUGGGUCUUGCUGUCAAAAGCUUGGAGAAACUUUACAGCCGACUAACAUCGCGGGGCGAUGCUGGGACAGACAUCAACACGUCGAAGGGAGAUGUGGAGAAGGACCUGCUUCGAGUUCUGUCUUAUCAGGCAGAGUCGGCGCUGGCCCAAGACGACCACGGACAGGCUGUGGCCUGCAUGCAGCGCUGUAAGGACAUGCUACAGCGGCUCCCCAAAGAGACAGGCUAUCUCUCUCUCGUGUGCUAUAACUUUGGAGUGGAUUCCUACAAUCAGAAGAAGUAUGAGCAGAGUUCUUUUUGGUUGAGCCAGAGUUAUGAUAUAGGGAAGAUAAAUAUGAAAUACUCUCCUGGCGCUGAAGUGCAAGCCAAAGUCCUGAGGCUCCUGGCGACUGUCUAUCUUGACUGGGAUUGUCAGCAACUUAUGGAGAAAGCACUCAGUGCUGUGAGUUUGGCCAACAAGCAAUGUUUGCACCCCUCUGGGCUCUACCUGAAGAUCAGAAUUCUGCUGAGAGGUGGUGCUCUGGAGGAUCACAUAACAGCUGGGGUGACAGAGCUGUUGGAGUCCGAGGUGCCCCUGGAGGUGUGUCUGAGGACGGUGGAACUACUCAUGGCUGAAGACAGGGAGACGUUAGCCUUUGACUUCCUGAAGAGGGUCUGUCAGCACUUUGAGUCGUCCCCUGAGCUGAGCAGUGCCCUGGUUCUGCACAUAGAGCUGCUUCUGCAGAGAGGCCAGGAGCUGCUGGGAAAACAGAAGAUAGAGGACGUCAUCGCAGGCCACUACGCCGGUAAACCGCUGUCGCCUCGGAAUCUCGCCUGUCUACAUCUCCUGUUCUGGGACAAAGCCUCCAAGUGCUUUGAGGCCGAGUCGUUCUCGGAGGCUUUGCAGUGGUACAGCUACUCCCUGAGUUUCUACAAGGCUGGUCAGAUGGAGCCGAACCUGGCAAAGCUGCAGAGGAACAGAGCCUCAUGCUUCCUUCGCCUACAGCAGCUGGACAAGGCCAAAGAAGCAAUAAAGGAAGCAAAGAGAUGUGAUCCAAACAGCAUCUUCACUCAGUUCAGCGUUUUCAAGAUUGCAAUCCUGGAGGGCAACGUGGAGCUUGGUACAGAGGCGGUGAAAGCCAUCACGGCUCUGGCCAGAUGUCCGGCAACCGGCGAGGACAGACUGCUGGUGGCCGACAACGCUGCAUCCAACCUCCUCCGCCUGGCGGCUCAGAUCGCUCUGGAGAAUAAGCAGCAGGACAUCGCCAUGAAGGCACUGGAGAGUGUGUGUGACCACUCCACAGAUGACGCCCAGGUUCUCACGGCUGUCCGGUGUUUGGUUCGACUGGUGCUCUCAACAAUAGACAAGACCAAUGGGGAGAAACAAGAGGCAUAUUUGGAUGUUCUGCUGUCUUAUUUAAGAAUGGCCCUACAGAAGGUGUCUCAACUCAGCCGCGUGCCGAGCGUGGUGGAGCGGUGCGCCGAGGACGCCGACUGGUUCAGGAAGAUCGCUUGGAACUCUGCUCUGCAGUGCGAGGCCAGACCCGACACGAUGAGGGAUUUAUUUGUGCUCUCUUACCAGCUGUCCCAGUUCUGCCCCCGGGAUCGGGGCGUGCUGAUGUUCCAGAAGACAUGCCUGCUGAUGGCGGCCGCUGCGUCUCUGGAAUGCGGCAGGACGUCUUCGCAUUCCGACCAGACGGAGCACCUUACACAAACCCUGGAACACAUUCAGCUCUGCUGGGAGGUCUGGAAGACCCUCAGAGAAUCAGGGGACUUCGCCGGGGACCCGACGGACACCCUGCUGCUGCUGUACGAGUUCGAGGCUCGCGCCAAGCUGAACGACCCCAGGGUGGAGACGGUGCUGGACUCUGUGCUAGAGCUGGGUGCCGUGGAGGCCAAGGUGCUGGAGACCGUCGCAGCCUUGGCCAUGGAGCCUCCUGCCCACCUCCCCCGGCUGUGUAAGAAGGCCUUGAGGAUCGCCCUGUCGCUGCACCGCAGGCAGAUGCAGCCCGACGUCACCCGCUGCAGCCAGUGUUUGCGCAGCCUGAUCCAGUUGUCGUUGCCCAGCGGCGUGUCGGAAGUGGAGGCCCCGGUGCUGGACGAGGUGUGGUGCUACUACGAAGACACCCUGUCCAUCAUCGCAGCCGCACCCGAGGAGUUCCCCGAGACGGAGGUCCUGUGGCUCCUCACCAGGGCCUGGAACAUGGGCAUCCAGCUGUACAGCCUGGCACACUACCCCGAGGCAGAGAGAUGGUGUGGCCUGGGCAUGAGCUUCCUCCAGCACCUGGGCUCCCUCCAAGAGGCCUACCAGACACAGAUGUCAGGUCUGUACAGUGAGGUGCUGGACAGGCUUGACAAAGCCAGGAGGAACCUCGCCAUGGAGGAGUGACCUGAUCGGUUGAGAUCUCCUUUUUCCAUGCAGGCCUGAGAGCACUCGUGUCAGUUGUGUUGCUGGUUGGCUGUUGGUCUGCCUGUUCUUGUAGGAGUUAAGUGAGCCUGUCCCAUAUUUACAUGAAUUUCCCUAUUGGGAGUUUAGAUUUAGACCAUUUCUACCUGUUGUUUUUGACGUUUCAGCGCCUCUCCACAUGAAUGUGCCUUGUAUUUUGUGCCUCCCAGAUAAAUCUUGCCUUCCUGAA